ACGCCUACACUACAUUGUAUGUGACUAACAUACCUUCUACUAAAAAUAAUGGCCAAAGAAUCAAGCAUCCAACUUAACUCAAACGUUGUGACGCAUUAUGGGUAGUUUAAUUCCAGUCAUCUCCUAGAAUUGUGUUAUUCCUUCGUAAGUUGAUGUAAAGGUUUACUGUCCUCAAGAAGUAUUUACAUACUUCUAUGGCUUGUGAAAGCAAUUAAAUCACGACAAGGACGAAUUGAGGCUAGUAAUGGCAAGUUUAAAAUUGAAUUCGCAUAUGAUUAAGAACGCCUUUGUGUUGUUCAUCGUGAAUGAAAAGUUCAGAUACCAUAGCAGACGCACUGGCGCUCUCGCUGACAAAGAUAAUAUAGAGGAAUUUGGUUGUGAAAUGAAUUUUACAAUCAAUGAUAUCAGCGACAUAAAACUGAAAGAUACCUCAGCCCUGAAAUUCGAUCACAAAGGCCACCUACUAACUCAUGACCUUACGGCACGAGAAAUGAAGAAUCUUUUCCUGACUAUUUCUACGGGAGACUUUAGCUCCUAUGAUGCAUUUAUUUGUUUCAUAUCGAGCUAUGGUGAAGCAGGAGGAAUAUCAGGUGUUGAUGGAGAAACUAUCCCUAUUCAAUUUAUCGUCGAUCAAUUUAUCGCUAAUGACGAGUAUCGCACUCUGGUUGGUAAACCGAAACUUUUCUUUACUCAGAAUUGCAGAGGAAUCGACAAAGGGACAUUUUCAGUGUUUCAUGGUGAUAAUGAAAAUGAUAUAGAUGCAAUAGCAGAUAGCGGGUACAACAUUCCUAUUUCUAUGCCCCUUGCAGCUGAUGCAUUGGUUGCCUAUUCAAGUGCAACUGGCUAUGAAUCUUUUAGGAGUAAGGAAAUGGGGUCCUGUUUUAUCAAUAAGCUGACACAGGUUCUUAGGAGGCAUGCACACCAAAUGAAUUUAACCGACAUGCUGACUAUUGUUAAUGACGAGGUUGACAGAAUGGCGUCUGUGGAAGGCAAGGAGAAGCAAAUGCCGUGUUUUACCAGCAAUUUAAGUAAAGCUGUCUAUUUCGAAGUUGAUCUAAGUGAAUUUAAUCUAAGUGAAGUUGAUCUAAGUGAACUUGCAGCCUCGCAAAAACCAACUGCGCUUUAAAACAGUUGCCAAUUCACAACCUGUACCCAGCUGGCUAUACCUUAAAAUAGCGAAAUCAUAUCAAAGUGCGAAUUAUAGCCCCGUUUACACUACGCGCGAUAUUUGGUACAGCACGGAUAAAACUGGCACCGUACCAUUUUUUUCACACACACCGGACGCGAUUUGCUAGCGCGACGCGAUUUUUAUGAAUUGUUACAUUCGUUUUCUUAUACCAUUGAAAGUUGUAACCUAAUAUUCGCAUUAUUUUUUCACGAAAUAUAGGUAACUGUAACUACAAACGACUUAUAACUUAUCGCUUGUGCUAUGCCUUGUCUAUGUGGACACGAGCGUUGUUUUCGAGCGUUUUCAAAAUCGUUUUUGCCUAUUUUAUUGUUUAGACGCCCUGUCCAUACGAUUUUCACCACUAACGAAAAUUUCACCACCAAGGAGUCAGUAACGGUUUAUUUAAUGCCAAAAGUAUUGUUU